UCCCAUGGCUCCAGCACAAAAACAUCACGAGUGGUAGCUGCAGCUGUGGGUUCUCCAUAUACAGCACAUGGUAGCGUUUGCUUGUAGAGACGGACACCACCUGGCACGAAAUUUGACUUAAACGUUUACUACAAGUCAAAGGUGUACCACUUCAACUCUUUAUCAACAUUAUUUUAGGACACCCGUACCUUAAGCGUCAUUUUGUGUUUAAAAACAGUCUGAGCGUUUAGUCGCGUCUUCGAGGACCUUUACAGCAGUUGUCCAGCAGCAGAAUCUAGCAUGUCGACAGGCACAAAAGAAGUUAAAAGCUGUCCAAUCCCCACCAGGGUCUUAACCCUGAAGGACUGGUCCCAGCUACCCGACUGUUACAGCCAGACCCCCGGGGGUACACUCUUUUCAACAACGCCUGGAGGUACUCGCAUCAUCUAUGACAGGAAGUUUUUGUUGGAUUGUCGAAACUCCCCUCUUGCCCGAACCCCCCCAUGCUGUCUGCCCCAGAUCCCAGGGGUCACAGUACCUGCUACACACCCCAUGGGGAAAUUGCAGGAUCUGAAAGAAGAGGCGGAAGAGGAUGAGAAGGAUAUUCCAGAUGACAACCAGUUUGAGAUGGACAUCUGAGCUCCAGUACUACCUCCUAUGGAGAGUUAUUAGUUAAAACAACUCCAAGGUCAUUAAUGACUGUACUGCAUUACAUAUGAAGCUUUUUUCACCUUUUUUAAUAAAAGCUUUUGUGAGGAACCAAAAAGUGACGAAACUUUAGGGUGUUUUUGACCCUAGUUAAGUGUGUAAGGUAUACGCUGCUUUGAUUGGUUGCUCACUCAUUUGGGAGCUGCAGCAGGAUUGAAAAAUCUGUUUUGAUUUAACUUUUUUUUUUAUCUUUUGUAAAUAAGAAAAUUGUAACAUGUAGCCUAUUUUUUAAGUUGGGGAAUAUACUAUGACUACAUUACAGCAUGUAGAGUUUUCCACUGCAGGAAUCAGUUAUGUUGUUGUUGUCUCCAAAGAGGAUGGCUUACUCUGUUCAUCUCUUAUUUGGGGGCCAGGGCCUUCUGAAAAUCAGCGCCUGCUCUGUUUUGUAUGGAGUGAAAGAUGAAAUGUGAAUAAUUUCAAAUAAAGGCUGUUUGAACUGUCA